CCAUCCUUGUCUGUAGCUAUCUGAAGCUUUCAAGUCUAAUGUGCGUGGUUCCGUAGCCAUUUGGGCUCAAGCAAGUGUGGAUCGAGUCACUUCAAAGCAAUCAAUUCCGCACGAGCUACUUUCCAGUACAGCACACAUACCUGAAAAGGCGAGCCCAUGGUGCUCAGUAUCGCUCACUUUGUACUAUUCGCCAACUUCGCCCUGCCACUGCAGGCAGUAACGCUGCAGAAUGCAGCAGAUGAGGCGCUGCUCAGGCGUGCUGGUCGUGGCGCUGCAGCGGGUGAAGCUGGCAAUCGCAAUGGCAUGGUAACUCUCCAGUACCUUAUGGACCAGCACGUCGCGUCGGAGACCGAGCUCCAUCUUCGUGCGGGCGAAACGUGGCGCAAGUACGCAAACCAACUUGCCGAUAGCGGAUGCAGCUACAGAGGGGGGUUGUUGCCUUGCCCCAAUGGCAACAUCUGUUAUUACACAGGACACGGAGGCUUGAACGUGACAGCCACAGUGGAAUAUCGCGGGAACAUCAUCAAGACAGUCAUAUCCCCCGACCCUGAUGCAGGAAUCGACAUGCCAGACAUCGUGACGUUCUUGGGGGCUAGUACCGACGACGCUCCGGCAAUGCUGAUGGAUGUGCCAGCGGAAUACCGGCGAACAGCGAACCCCGUCAUGCUGAAGAUGUUUUUCGUGGAGGAUACUGAUGAUGUCACUGAGCAGUGCCCUCAUGACAGUGAGCGCGUGGAGUCCGUGGGGAACGGCAGUGUGUCGUACCGCCUGGAGAACAACACGAUCACAGUUUCAACGCAAAGCCCGAACACGUUCAUGGGCAUGGCCUUCGAUUUCGUCAGCGAGGCACCUGUGGGUCAUACCCUGGCCUUCGAGAUCCCUGUCGGGGCGGAGAUCGUCUGGGUGAGCCGUGCAGAGAUGGUCGAGGUGCUCCAGUCGGAGGAGUUGCCGGCUUCCGUCGAGAGGCGCUUAGAGGAGCAGUUACGCAAGUCUGCUUUGGCCAAGGGGAUGGAUGACGCGCUCACGCAGAAGGGAAGCACGCGGCGCAGGCGGCGCAGGUCGGGCUGCUCAGCCAAACAGACAGGUGCCAUGGCAGGAGGUGCAGCCGCCGUGGCCGUCGGAGUCUUAGCUUGCGUGUUUACUUUCAUCGGCUGCUUCACGGCGUCGCCGUUCUUGGUGACGAUGGGGACCAGAUCGGUGAAAAACGGUGCUUGCGACUGUUGGGCUAAGGAUAACCAUGGAAAGACCGCCUGCGGGGUGGCGCGGUGAGCGGUGGCCGAACAGCUCCAAUCUCAGCUCUACUCGCAGCUCCGAUCUUACGAUCCAUGAGGAGGGGUGGGAGAGAAGUGGAGCUGCAGGCAGUGGGGGGGGGGGGGGCAGCAUCCACGCUUCGCGGGAGCGCUCGUUCCUCGGCGGGCAGGGCUCGCCCUCGGGCUCGCGGCCCGCCGCACUCCAGCAGCGUGAAGGCUUGGGCGGGCGGAAGCGCUCCCUGCGCUCCUCCUUGUCAUCGUGCCCCUCGCUCCACUUCCUCCUCAUGCUCCUAGCAGAUCGGCCCAGACUGCGAGGUUAGAGGCAUCGCUUUCGAGACUUCUGUGCAAGGCUCGCGCCAAUUUGCACCACUCUCGGAGUGCCCGAUGAAUCAUUGCGCGAGAGGUAUUUUCCAUUCUGGAGCCCUCCUCCACACGACAGCUCGCGCACGAGGGGCGCAGUCCUCCCCUACGCGACAAUUUGCGAACGAGGAGGGUUUUGUCUCUCCACGCGGCAGUCCGUGUACGAGCAGGAUCUGUCGUCAUGCAGCCCCCUCCACGCGGGAACUCGUGUAUUUGGAUCCUGCGAGCUCCAGUGUAUUUCUCUUGCCGUUGACAUUGCGGGGGUGCGUGGUCAAGCAUGUUCCCCGGGCAUUUAGCGAUGACAUGUAUUCCAUUCCCGGGUAAAAAGAGUCUAAUGUGCGUGGUGCAUGUACGGAUACACAUUACGAAAGCGGCGUGCCC